CACACCAUUUAACUGUGUCGGUUUCCAAAACACUCAAAAUACAAAUUUUUAGUAGAAAUUCUUACCUUAAAUGACACAUGUCAUCAUCUUCUCCUUAUAUAAAUUCUUCAUACUCAAAACUCAAGAAUAAAGACUCAAACUCUUAACUUUUGUGGGACCCAAAAUUCCUCAGUUAGUGCAAUUUCUAUCGUUCCUUAAUUUACUACUCUCACUUCUUUUUAUGUAUGAAAUUAAAUCCCUGUUUUUUUCCAUAAUUCUCCAUUUUUCCUCUCUCAAAAUGAAUGUUUUUGAAACUGAAAAUCAGGAGAAGAUGAAAUUUCGGCAGAAUACGUCGUCGUUUUGCUCAGAGGCUGCUAUGUUCUUAAGUGGUGCAUUUCUUGCUUUUCUUUUUGUUUGGUCUCUUUGGUGUUUCACAACUCCUCCUCCUUCUUUUUUCUCUUUUUUACCUUCAAAAACACCUACCCAACCCGACCCGACUACAUUCUAUGACGACCCGGACUUGGGUUACACUAUCGAAACCCGGGUGCAAAACUGGGAUGAAAAGCGUAAACAAUGGUUAAACUUACACCCAGAAUUUUCUGGGACUGAAAGGGUAGUGAUGGUAACCGGGUCACAACCCGGGCCGUGUAAGAACUCCAUGGGAGACCAUAUUCUACUACGUUUCUUCAAAAAUAAAGUGGAUUACUGUCGGAUACAUGGGUAUGAUAUCUUCUACAACAAUGUGCUAUUAGAUCAGAGGAUGUUUACUUAUUGGGCCAAAUACCCGGCUGUAAAAGCUGCAAUGAUAGCCCACCCGGAAGCCGAGUGGAUCUGGUGGGUUGACUCAGACGCAGUCAUUACUGACAUGGACUUUAACCUCCCAUUAGAAAAGUACAAAGCUUAUAGUUUAAUCAUCCAUGGAUGGGAUCACUUGGUAUUUCAGAAGAAGAGCUGGACCGGGCUCAAUGCAGGUGUGUUCUUAAUCAGAAACUGUCAAUGGUCCAUGGAUUUGUUGGAAAGAUGGGCCAAAUUCGGGCCAUCAAGCCCGGAUUAUGAAAAAUGGGGGAAAAUUCAGAAAUCAAUCUUCCCAGACAAAACAUUUCCAGAAGCAGAUGAUCAAACAGGGAUAGCAUACAUAAUGGUGAAAGAAGGGAAAAAAUGGAAUGAUAAAAUAUACUUAGAAAAACAGUAUUAUUUUGAAGGGUAUUGGGUGGAAAUUGUGGAUAAAUUAGAGAAUAUAACAGCGUAUUAUAGCAAAAUAGAGAGGAGGGAGCGCAUGUUAAGGAGGAAACAUGCAGAGAAAAGGGGGGAAGACUAUCGUGCGCAGUGGGAAGAGAUGAUUGAAGAAGAUAAAAUGAGAAGGCCAUUUAUAACACAUUUUACAGGGUGUGAACCAUGCAGUGGAAAACAUAAUGAGAAGUACAGUAGAGAAGAUUGUUUGAAAGGGAUGAACAUGGCUUUAAAUUUUGGUGAUAAUCAAGUGUUGAGAAAUUUUGGUUAUUUUCGACCGGAUUUGGCUAAUACUUCUGUUGUUCAGCCUAUUGUUUUUUGAUGUUUUGGUAAUUAGGUUGAUUGUUACUUCUACUUGCUAUAUACUAAUAUAAUAUGUUAUGCUUCAUCCUCUGUUUUUAUGCAAUGUAAUAACUGAAUAAUAGAAUAUUGUUAUAGUAGUUGUAUAAGGGUUGAUGUAGUAGUCGUGUUUAAGAUAUUGUAUAUUAUAAUUGAUUUUGUAGUAGGCAAA